GCAAAAUAAAUCAAAUCUUCGGUUUCUUCUUCGACCCGACAGGGCUUUUCUCCCUUUCCGACACUGCGAUCCAGCGGAAGCGCUCUGAUCCCAAUCGUAUACAUCUCAUCGAUAUCGCCGUCAAUGGAGAUCCCAAUCGCAAAGUCUCUGAUCUCUGCACUGAUAGCUCUGAUACUCAUAUCGACGUCGUUCGCGAGCACAGACGUUCCUUUCAUAGUGGCCCACAAGAAGGCCGCUCUCACCAGGCUCAAGUCCGGCGCUGAACGCGUCUCCGUCUCAAUUGAUAUCUACAACCAAGGAUCCUCGACAGCAUAUGAUGUAACACUUGUUGAUGAUAGCUGGCCCAAAGAUGCAUUUGAUGUUGUCAGUGGUAACGCUUCUCAGUCAUGGGAAAGGCUUGAUGCUGGAGGUAUUCUAUCUCACUCUUUUGAACUGGAGGGCAAAGUGAAAGGAAUGUUCUAUGGUGCACCAGCUAUGAUCACUUUCCGUGUACCUACAAAAUCUGCUCUACAGGAAUCAUAUUCAACUCCUAUACUGCCUCUAGAUGUCCUUGCAGACAGAACCCCAGAGAAGAAGUUUGAGUGGGCUAAGAGAUUGCUGGCUAAAUACGGAUCCCUCAUCUCUGUGAUCUCUAUCAUCGUUCUGUUUGUGUUCUUGGUUGCUUCACCAUCAAAAUCUGGUGCUGCAAAAGGAAGCAAGAAGAAGCGAUAAAUUAUUAGAGCUGCAAAAAAAAAAAAAUUAUUAGAGCUGCAAAGUAAUCCGGCAGUAUGUAUCACACUGGAUAUUACGUGUUGCACGAGCAUGUCUUUCCUGUUCCUAGUGAAAGUAGUUUUUUUCCCUCUUAAAUUUAGAACCUUUUUGUUUAUUUCAAAAAAAAAUUUAGAACUUUUUGUUGUUGGAAACUCUUAAUUGGAUGACUUUUAACCAGUUAGCAAAAGGUGAACCAGUUGAUUCUUACUUUGCCAAAGUGCUGAA